UGCGGCAGGAGCCGGGGAUGAGCGGCGGGGCGCGGCCGGGAGCAGGAGCGGGGCUCGGCUCCCCCCCGGCCAUGAGCGGCACCCCCGAACCCCGGGCCGGCCCCUCCCGGCCCCGCACCUCCUUCCUCAUCCAGGACAUCCUGCGGGAUGGGCCCGAGCGCGGCGGGGGCGCGGGGAAUGAGGAGAGGGCAGCGGCCAGCCAGGAGGGGAGCGGGGCCAGCCCGGCCGCGGGGCUCACCCCCGGGGGUCCCCGCUCCCCCGGAGCCUCGGGGACACCCCAGGGACCGGACACAGACACCUCGGUGGAGACAUUCCUGCCUGACUGUGCCCCCACCGCGCACCCCAUGACCCCCCAGCCUCCCAGGCAGGGAAAACGCUCCCGAGCCGCCUUUUCCCACAGCCAGGUGAUCGAACUGGAGCGGAAAUUCAGCCACCAGAAAUACCUGUCAGCCCCGGAGAGAGCUCACCUGGCCCGGCACCUGCAGCUCACCGAGACCCAGGUGAAGAUCUGGUUCCAGAACAGGAGGUACAAGACCAAGAGGAAACAGCUGGUGGCCGGGAUGAGCCGCUUGGACUCGCCUCAGGAAGCGCCGGAAUUCCCGGGAAUGUCGCUGCUGGCGCUCAGGGGCGCCUGGCCCUACCUGCCCUGCCUGUACUACGUCAAUUCCUGGAGCCCCUCCUGGUAGAAAUGGCUUUUUUUAGCUCAGUUUUUGUCCCAGCUCCCCCUCCCAGCGCCGGGUACCCCCCGAGCAUCCCGGAUUCCAGGAGGGAAGGACAUCUCUCCACUGUUGCAAAAUGUUCCCAUCCCUGCUCUUAUCCACUUGGGAGCAACAAAAAUCCCUUUCUUGACCUCGAAGAUGGGAAUGAUCCCCCCCCACGAGGGCACCUCCUGCCCAAAUCCCACAGAUUUCACUCCCAAACCCUCGGGAUCCAGGCACAGAUGUGGAAUUUAAAGUGAAAAUGCCGGGAAAGAGCUCGGAGCAUCCUGCACUGGGAUGGGAAUGUUCCACUGGGAUGGACUGGGCUGGGAUGGGAAAAGGGUUUGAACUGGAAAUGGGGUCUGAGCUGGAAAAUAAAUCUAAACUGGAGAAUAAAUAUAAACUAGAAAUGGGGUCUGAGCUGGAAAAUAAAGCUAAACUGACAAUAAAAUCUGAACUGAAAAUUCAGUCCAAACUAGAAAAGGGAUCUGAACUGGAAAUGGGAUAUGAACUGGAAAUGGGGUCUGAGCUGGAAAAUAAAUCUAAACUGGAAAUUAAAUCUAAACUAGAAAUGGGGUCUGAACUGGAAAUGGGGUCUGAGCUGGAAAUGAGAUCUGAGCUGGAAAAUAAAUCUAAACUGGAAAUUAAAUCUAAACUAGAAAUGGGGUCUGAAUUGGAAAUGGGGUCUGAACUGGAAAAUAAAUCUAAACUGGAGAAUAAAUCUAAA